AUGUCUAAGAUCGGACUAGCAGUGUUCAUCGUGGCCCUCACUCUGGUGCGCUCCGAGCCCCCAGUGAAUUCGUAUCUGCCACCAGGAGGCGGUGGUCCAGGAGGCGGCAACGGAGGAGGCAGUGGAGGUCCGUCGAACACCUACGGACCACCUGGUUUCGACAGCCAGAGUGGCGGCGGGGGUGGCAACGGAGGUGGUCUGUCGAACAGCUACGGGGUACCAACUAAUGGAAACGGUUACAACGGCGGUGGUUCUGGAAGCGGAAGACCCGGCUCGAACGGCGGCGGCAGAGGAAACGGGGGUGGUUUCGGGGGUGGUCAGCCAUCCAGCUCCUACGGAGCUCCAUCAAACGGCUUUGGUGGAAACGGAGGCGGUGGUAAUGGAAGGCCCUCGAGCAGCUACGGAGCACCUGACGGAGGAAAUGGACGACCAUCGAGUAGUUAUGGGGCACCUGGUGGUGGAAACGGGGGCCCGGGGAACGGAAGACCGUCGAGCAGUUACGGGGCACCUGGUGGCGGAAACGGGGGCUCGGGGAACGGAAGACCGUCGAGCAGUUAUGGAGCACCGAAUGGUGGUAACGGGGGCGCUGGAAACGGAAGACCGUCGAGCAGCUACGGAGCACCCGAUGGAGGAAGUGGACGACCAUCGAGCAGCUACGGAGCACCUGGUGGAGGGAAUGGACGACCAUCGAGCAGUUACGGGGCACCUGGUGGCGGAAACGGGGGCUCAGGAAACGGGAGACCAUCGAGCAGUUACGGAGCACCCGAAGGUGGAAAUGGUUUCGGCGGUGGCAACGGAGGUGGACCUCCAUCCGGUCUUUAUGGACCUCCGGGAAGGAAUGGAAACGGACAAGGAGGCAACGGUGGACGACCGUCGAGCAGCUACGGGCCACCUGGCAGAAGCGGAAAUAACGGUGGUGGAAAUGGAGGAUAUAACGGUGGCAACGGUGGAUAUCCAUCGGGUGGACCAGGUGGAAACGGAGGUGGCAACGGUGGUUACCCCUCGGGUGGACCAGGUGGAAAUGGAAAUGGCAACGGUGGUUAUCCCUCGGGAGGCCCGGGUGGCAAUGGAAAUGGUAACGGUGGUUACGGCUCUGGCGGACCGGGAGGAAAUGGCAACGGCAAUGGCGGUGGUUACGGCGGAAAUGGAGACGAAGAAAGUAACGAACCAGCCAAGUACGAAUUCUCUUAUGAGGUGAAGGACGAGCAGUCUGGAGCUGAUUACGGUCACACGGAAACCAGAGACGGAGAUCGCGCCCAGGGAGAGUUCAACGUUCUUCUUCCCGAUGGAAGGAAGCAAAUCGUUGAGUACGAGGCCGACGAGGAUGGAUUCAAGCCUCAGAUCCGAUACGAGGGCGAAGCUAACUCCGAAGGAUACGGAUCUGGUGGACCAGGUGGAAACGGUGGUGAUAAUGGAUACCCAAGCGGAGGUCCUAACGGAAAUGGAAACGGCGGAAACGGUGGAUACCCGUCUGGUGGACCAAACGGAGGAAACGGAAAUAGCGGUUAUCCAUCUGGAAGGCCAGGUGGCAACGGCGGUGGCGGAAAUGGUGGCAACGGUAAUGGAGGAUAUCCAUCUGGAAGUGGCGGUGAUGCCGCGGCCAACGGAGGGUACCAAUAUUAA